ACUUUGUAAUUAAUUUUCCAGUGACGAGCCGACUUUUGUCCUUUAAACAAGUUAUUGUCUGGUCAAGAAGUUAUAGGUUUGCUUGUACUGGGAUUAAUUUUGACCGUCAGGAUGGACAAAAGCACCCAACUUUAUGCCGCAAUGGCUGCUACGAUCGGAGCGUUUGGUUUGGGAACCGUGUUGGCAUGGACAAGCCCGGGUUUGCCAAGCCUGGAAAAGGAUUCGGAUGACUUUAAGGAUAUGUCUGACGAAACAAAAUCUUGGAUCGGUUCAAUCUUAAAUUUGGGCGCGCUACUUUCUGCGCCUGUUGUGGGUUUCUUGAUGGACAGAAUUGGUCGAAAACACACCAUGAUGCUUCUCUCGCUCCCCUUCGUGCUGGGCUGGCUUCUCAUCGGCUUUGCUACAAAUCUUGCUAUGAUCCUUGCUGGUCGGUUUAUUACAGGAUUUUGUGGUGGCGGGUUCUCUCUCGUUGCCCCGGUGUACAUUGGAGAAACCGCGGAAGAUAGUAUCCGCGGAGCUUUGGGUUCUUGCUUCCAAUUGCUGCUGGUUAUUGGAAUUCUUGUCGUCAAUUGCCUCGGUCUUCUGGUCGAUUAUCAGUGGAUUUCUUUUAUCUGCGGAGUCUUCCCUCUUGUCUUCCUGGUCGCCAUUUUUUUCGUUCAGGACUCACCCCGCUAUCUACUUAUGAAGGGCAAGGAGGCCGAAGCGAGCAAGGCGCUCUGUUGGUUCAGAAGGAAAACGUCACCCCAAGAAGUUGAGGACGAGAUGAGCAUUAUUCAAGCCGGUGUGACCGAAGCCCUAACGAACAAGGCUAAGCUGAGUGAUUUAAAAUUGCCGCAAAAUCUUCGCCCUGCCUUGAUUAUGUUUGCCUUAAUGUUUUUCCAACAGUUAUCAGGUAUCAACGCUGUGAUUUUCUACACCUCGGAUAUUUUUGAGGCUGCCGGGUCCGACUUGCCUGCCUUGGAGUCAGCCAUAAUCGUAACGGGAAUUCAGGUCUUUGCCACGUUGGGUGCCGUUUUUGUGGUGGAUAAACUAGGCCGGAAAAUUCUGCUCAUAGCGUCAGCCUCAGUCAUGUGCGUGUCACUGGUGGCCUUGGGCUUGUUCUUUAUGCUCCAGAGCCAUAGCUUGGACAAUGGUAUUGGUUGGCUUCCACUCGUCUCCCUCAUGAUUUUUAUUACAGCAUUUAGCAUUGGAUUCGGUCCACUUCCUUGGAUGAUGUUGGGUGAACUACUUCCUGCAAAAACGAAAGGACUGGUGGCAUCGAUGGCUACCAUGUUCAACUGGUUUCUGUCCUUUAUUGUGACCAAAUUUUACGCCAAUCUGCUAAAGGCAGUCGGAGCGCCCGCCUGCUACUGGGGAUUUGCCGGUGUUUGCGCGGUGGGAACAGCAUUUAUCAUCAUUUUCGUCCCGGAAACUAAGGGCAAAAGUAUGGAUGAGAUCCAGGAACAUUUCGGAGCUCCUCCUGUCUUGAAAGGUGGAAAGGAUGAGAGAAAGUAAUUCAAAUUACGAAAUGUUGCGUCGGUGUUACAGGAUUUGUUAUUUGAAAAUGUGAUGCAAUAAACAAGUCUUACUAAAAUA